CAUCAGACCCUCCCGUGGUCUGUCGCUCCUCUUACCUGUCUCAGGUGUGCUGAAUCAGGAACAGAAAGGUCACGCAAGGUCGCUCCUCUCUCUCUGUUUCUCUCAGUUCAGGACAGAAAAACAGGACGUUUGAGUCUCGGUGCCAUGAGACACGCGGGGUUCUUCAUCCACGCCAGAGAGGAGGAGAAGAGCUGGACGGAGACGGAGAGAGAGAGAGAGACCGCGAGAGAGACGGGGAGAGAGGGGGGCGCGGCGCUGAGCGGAGAGGAAGUGAGAGACUUCUACCAGAGUCUGUUUAAGGACCAGGAUGGAGCGAGGACGGAGGAGAGGACGGAGAGACGCCGAGGGAGAGCAGGACGGAGUGGACGUAAAGGAGGCGGGGCUCGUGAAGGAGGCGGGGCCCGUGGAGGAGGCGGAGUGGCCGAGGGCCCCAGCGAUGAGGUCUCGAUCACAGCACCCCCCACAGGCCGCACGGACGGAUACAGGCUGCUGCGGUGCGCGGAGCAGGGGGACAUCCGGGGACUGGAGGACGUCCUGAGACGGGGCUGUGACCCCAACUUCAGAGACCAGUUCAACUGGACCGCCCUGAUGAGCGCCGCCUACUCCGGCAGAACACAGGCGGUUCGAGUCCUGCUCCACCGGGGGGCGCUGUGGAGAUCAAUCACAGACACACAGGGGAGAGACGCGUGUGAUCUGGCUCGUCUCGCUGGACAUCAAGACAUCGUUACUCUCCUGGAGGAGCUCAGCGUCACACACACCUCACACACACCUGCGGAUACAGCACACAGCCACUCUCCCCCUCGGUGGUGUGACGUGUGUGAGGUGACCUACACAGACAGCGCUCACACACACUCCUCGUCCACGCUGCACCAGUUCAGCCUGGCGCGACCCCCCUCGCUCCCCCACUACUGCCUCGCCCCCUCCAGCGUGGGGUACAGGGUCAUGCUGCGUCUGGGGUGGGACCCCCGCUCCGGACUUGGCCCGGGACACGCGGGCCGCCGCGACCCUGUCGGCACCGUCCUCAAAUCGGACACCGCCGGCCUCGGGUUCGGGCCCGCGCCCAGGUCGAAGGUCACGCACUUCAAGGCCAACGACGAGCGGGCGAUCCGCAGGGUGCCGGAGAGACGGGAGAGAGGGACGACGCUCGGCGCUAAGGCCAGGAGGAAGACGGAGGAGAGACAGAAACAGUGGGAGAGAGACUUUCGCUCCUCCUUUAACAUCGACCCCUGACCUCAUCGCCCUCUGGUGGAGCAAGAAAGGAUCUUUAAUCUUUAAUCAUCACCGAGGUUCAGAGACAUAAAGAAAAAGGGGAAAAAGAUGGACAGACUUUUAGACAGAAAAAGACAUUCGAAAAGAGAGAGACAUAUUGAAAGAGAGACAUAAAGAGAGACAUACAGAAGGCGAGAUUGAGAUAAAGAGAGAGACAGAAAAAAACAGAUGGACAGCAAUAAUGGUACAGCAAGAAAAAGAGAGAGACAGACAGGAAAACAAAGAGGCGUACAGUGAGAGACGGUGUGUGAGAGAGACGGUGUGUGUGAGAGACAGUACAGUGGUUUGUAGACGACCCUGCGUGGACGUGUCGUUACCCAACAGCACUAGUGAAUACGUCCUAACUCCCCUAAACCCGCUAUACACACAGACGUCACUGAUUACUUAGCCUUUAAUCACAGCUAGCUGACUCAGAGCGGCUAGCUCGCUAACGGUUCAAACUAAACUUUUAGUGACGAUGUGUAUCUGAGACGAUGUUAUGGGAGGACACAGAAAACAUCUGCAGCACGUCCACGGGGUUUACGAACAUUAUAAUCAGGUCACGUAGAGAGCACACACACACACACACACACACACUUUCUCUAAAUAAAGGUCGUAUCAUUCAAUCCCUGUGUCCCAGAGGAGAGGAUUAGCAUCUGUUUAGCCGCGCCUGUCCUGACCUUUUCGGCUCAGUGUGUGUGUGUGGGGUGGGGGGGUUGAGACAGCUCUGCGGGUCUCCCGAGUCUUAGUCUGCCUUCUGCUGUUCCACACACACACACGUUUAUCCACAGUCAUAGCAGGUGAGCUGUAUGAAUGAUGUCGUGUGUGAGAUGCUUUGCUAAUGACUGAACACAAAAUAUUAACAAAUAAAUUCCUGUAAAAAAACGAACCUUGUGUGUGUUUUGUUGCUGAUAAACUUUUUGAGCAGUCUUUUCCCAGUCUAAUUACCAUGGAAACGAUUUAGAAUGAUGUCCACGUGGGAGUCGAUGGCGGCAUGGCGUAACCUGUCACGUCACACAGCUUGAGCGUGAUGAGCGAUGGCGUAGGAGGAACGUAUACAGUAAUGCACAGGAACGCGUAACCAUUGAAACGUGCACAGCCAAUCAGAUCGCAGUGGCCAGAGAGGUGCACACAAGCACUCGGACGGUCUGUCAGCGGCAGGCGGAGUGUACGA